AUGAGAUUCUCUUCUUACUUCAUUCUCACUGCUCUUACUGCCAUUGCCGGAGCUUCUCCAGUGCCUGCUAUUGAGUGGGUCACCAUUACCGCUUACACAACUAUUUUAUUCUCGAACACCGAAAAUACAAUUGUUGCAGAGAGUUCCCAGGAGACUUUGGUUGCGGAAACAAUUGCAACCAGUCAAACUGAUGCUACAUCCACAUCUGAAACUGUCGAUGACUUUAACUUGAAGAGCGCCUUCAAGGCCCUCAUUGCUACAUCUAGUGCUGCUGACGAUGCUGCAAUUUCAACCGCAUCUACCUCACAGGUUGUUACCGUUUCGCCUUCUGCUUCAAAACUCGAAAUCUCGACAUCGACAACCCCUGCCACAUCUUCAUCCGCCACUACUUCAGGCUCAUUUUCAGGUGAGGGAACUUUCUACGAUACUGGUUUGGGUUCUUGUGGUGUGACCAAUACCGAUACAGACUACAUUGUGGCUAUUUCACAUGAGUUAUACGACAAGUACACCCCCAACGGCAACCCAAACGACAACAGCUUGUGCGGAAAGAAAAUUAAGGCUUCUUAUGAAGGCAAAUCUGUCGAAGUUACGGUGGUUGAUAGAUGUGAAGGCUGUGCCUACUACGACUUGGAUUUCUCUCCAUCAGCAUUCUCUGACCUUGCUAGCCAGAACUUAGGAAGAAUCGACAUCACAUGGGAAUGGGCUUAG